UUGUAGCCUACGUGCCCAAUCGUCCAGGACUGCGCGCAUUUAACAUUUGUAUGUAAUCGUUAGUAGAAUGCGGUGCAAGUCUGACGCAGUGAUCAUUGUGCCAUUUAUCAUUGCUGCGAUCAUUCCAGGACAGACCUGCAUGAAGAUUUAUGCUACAUUUUACUUUUACAUUCGGGUCAUUUAGCAGACGCUCUUAUCCAGAGUGAUUUACAGUAGUGAGUGCAUACAUUUUCGCACUUCAAUUUUUAUUUUAUUUUAUUUAUUCUCAAAGCAUUCUAACAGUCAAAAAAAUAGGCCUAUAUUUGACUGAAACGCCACGCUCGGGUAACCGGAAUAAACCGACAAUAUCUUCAACUGUUUCUCUUGACAUUUGUUUGCUGUGAGUCAUUCAAAUGGACAAUAAACAUUCACACGCGAUGGCAGAGACGGCACAGGAGACCCGUCCGCCCGCUAAAGACUCACCUUUCUCUAUCAAGAACCUGCUCAACUUCGACAGUAAACCUUCCAACCCGAAGACGCUGCUUGCCACCACCAAAGGACUAUUUGAAGGAGGCUUCUCUCUCUCCCGGAUCGGUGAUUUAACUUUUCCUAGUUUUGACAUCCCAACCCAGAGAUUUGGAUUAUCGGCGCACUAUUUGGAACGGACGUCUGCGUGGUGGUAUCCCUACGCGCUCGGCACGUCGGGACAUCAUCUCUACAGGACUGGAGGGUUUGAGAAGGCCAGCGCGAGAGACACACCAUCAYCAGGCGAGGACCGAGAGACACCGGAGCUGCUGCGAAAAUCACCCGACCCAGACGACAAAGAGGACGACAAAAACACAAGUACUGAUGAUCUCGUUCUGGAGGAGAGUGAUGGGGACGAACCAAAGAAGGAAAAAGAGUUGGUGGAUGACUGGAGGAAAAUUAAAGACGAGAACUCGGAUAAAAAAACGUGUCGGAAAAAGAAAACGCGCACAGUGUUUUCAAGGAGUCAGGUAUUUCGGUUGGAAUCAACGUUCGAUAUGAAACGGUACCUCAGUAGCUCGGAACGGGCAGGCCUGGCGACAUCCCUACACCUCACGGAGACCCAGGUGAAAAUCUGGUUCCAGAACAGGAGGAAUAAGUGGAAACGACAGUUGGCCGCGGAACUCGAAGCGGUCAAUCUGAGCCACGCCGCGGCCCAGAGGAUAGUCCGCGUACCCAUAUUGUACCAUGAGAACACCGGCUCAGAAACUGGGAGCGCUGGGGACCCGUCAGUCAGUCAGUCUCUACUAACGUUCCCUCAUCAAAUGUACUAUUCACAUCCCCUAGUCACAUCCGUGCCGCUGCUGAGACCAAUUUGAAAGACUCAUAUAUUGUGUUGAUAUUUCUGUAUUGUAACUGAUGUAUAAGAAACAUAUUAGGCCUAUUUUU